AUGGAAAUUUGUGUUUUGGUUAUCAUUUCCCUUCUACUCAGAUGGUCAACAUCUCAGGGAUCUUAUUCAGGACAGGGUAAACCACCUAUGUUUGGUGAUUAUGAAGCCCAACGCCACUGGAUGGAGGUAACAGUCAAUUUACCAGUUAAAGAUUGGUAUAGAAAUACAACUGAGAAUGAUUUAUUGUACUGGGGUUUGGAUUACCCCCCUUUAACAGCAUAUCACAGCCAAAUAUGUGGAUUCAUUGCUCAGUAUGUCAAUCCAGAAUGGGUUAGAUUGAAUACAUCUAGAGGACAUGAAAGUUAUCAGCAUAAACUAUUUAUGAGAUAUUCAGUGUUUCUAGCUGACAUAUUGGUAUUUCUACCAGCAUGUUUGUUGUAUUACAUAUCUCAAGAUGAAGUUGAAGAUAAGUCAAUGAUUUAUGGAUUAAUGUGUCUAUUACUAUACCCUGGUUUGAUUCUCAUAGAUUAUGGUCAUUUUCAAUAUAAUGGUAUCAGCCUGGGAUUAAUGAUUAUGGCUGUAGCCAGUUUAGGUCUCAAACAACAAAUUCUUGGCGCAAUAUUUUUCACAUUGGCUUUAAAUUAUAAACAUAUGGAAUUAUACCAUGCUCUUCCCUUUUUUAUGUAUUUAUUUGGUGUAAAUAUACAUACUAACUCUAUGAAAGGAGUGUUUCAAAUAGGAAAAAUUGGUGUAGCUGUGAUAUUAACUUUUAUGUUAUGUUGGUUGCCAUUUUUAUCUGAUAUCGAUUCAUUCAGAAAUGUUUUAAUUCGUUUAUUUCCUUUCAAUCGGGGACUGUAUGAGGAUAAAGUUGCUAAUCUCUGGUGUAGUUUAUCACUGGUUAUUAAAUUAAAAAACAUUAUGUCUCAACAAGCUCUAGUAGUUUUAAGUUUUCUAUCAACAUUAGUAGGACUUGUACCAUCUGCAUUUCAUUUGUUAUAUAAACCUACCUUAACUAACUUCAAAUAUUCAUUGGUAAGUUGUCAUGUGAAUUCAUCACUAGUAUUUUUCUUGUUUUCAUUUCAAGUUCAUGAGAAAUCCAUAUUAAUUCCAGCAUUAUCUGUAUGUCUAUUAGCUGACAAACAUCCAUAUAUAGCACUGUGGUUUCUGUCUAUUUCAACAUUUAGUAUGUUACCUCUUUUAAUAAAAGAUGGUUUAUUGAUACAGUGUUGUGGACUUUCAGUAGUGUUUCUAAUAUUAGCAUAUUAUUCAUCGCAACAACAAUUUAGUCACUAUACAUCUAGAUUACAGAAUUGGAUGAAAUUUAUGUUUUUUUCUUCCAUAUUUGGAGCAGUUAUAUUGACAGUUUGUAGUGAAGUUGUACAACCACCACCAAGAUUGCCAGAUAUAUUUCCUGUUCUUAUAUCUGCUUAUUCUUGUGGCCAUUUCCUAUUUUUCUUAUUUCUAUUUCAUUAUUGUCAAUUCUUUAAUAAUGUACCAAAUUAUGUAGAAAAACAUCGUAAAGUUUCCCAACAUAAAAAGUUUUCAAAAGAGAAAAAAGUGAAAUAA